CACAGACCUCCCUAUCCUCUCUCGCUAUAAGUAAUCACUUCACCAGAUUCCUCAUCAUCUUUUGGUAAUCAUACACCAGACUUUCUUCAUCCCUAUUGCCACAAAGUAAUCUUUUUGCACGAUGCCUCGUCAUCUUUUGCGAAUCAUACGGCAGACUUCCUUUGAGUCCAGCUCGACUUCUUGGGGAGAUAAAUAUGCGGCCCCUCGCCCUGGAUAUUGUCCUCAUUACAAUCGCAUCAUAACAACAUCUUUCCUCAGUCCCUAGCAGACAUCCAUCCAAACAAUUACCUCUUUUUAAUCGUCUCGUCUCGACCGAUUACCUCGCUCUCAAAAUGUCUCUCACUACCGAGCUCCAAAACACCUACAACGGUUUCCACGAAACCGCGCCCAAGGAAGUGUCUGAUAUCUUCAAGAACACGACUGCCGACUUCAAGGCCUCGUAUGAUUCUUCCAAGGCGAUCCAGCCCGGUGCAACCUUCCCCAAGUUCCAGUUGAGCGAUGCCACCGGCAAGCAGGUCUCCCUGGACGACCUCCUCGCAAAGGGCGCCAUCCUUAUUUCCUUCUACCGCGGAGAAUGGUGCCCGUUCUGCAACCUCGAACUGCGCGCCCUGCAGAAGCACUUGGACGAGUUCCACGCCAAGGGUGUCACCCUGGUCGCUGUGUCUCCCGAGCUCCCUGAUCAGUCCUUGUCCACCAGCGAGAAGCUGUCGUUGAAGUACCCCGUUCUUUCUGACGUCGACAACAAGCUGGCGAAGCAGCUUGGAAUCUUGUUUGCUCAGCCCGAGUCCGUUGGAAAGGUCUUUGAGAGCUUCGGCAUGGACUGGAAGAAGAUGUACGGCAACAACAGCCUGGAGGUUCCCGUUCCUGCUACCUUCCUCGUCGACAAGAAGGGAAUCUUGCGCAACUCCUUCAUCGACGCCGAGUACCAAAACCGCCUCGACCCCGAGACUGCCCUCAAGUGGGUUGACAGCUUGUAAACGCAGAGUUUGCAAUACUUUUAUUACUACGAUCAGCAUGAAUGUACCGAGUUUUUCUUUUUCUUUUUCUUUUUUUUUUUUUGGUCAAUGCACGCAUUUGCAUUUGAAAGCGUUUCAACUUGUUUUGUUCCGACUGGCCUUGUAGCUAGAUGCAUUGUACAUUUAAAAAAUCUAUCUAGAUAAAUCUACCGGUCU